AUGGCUUCAGACAUGGAAGGAGUGAAAGAAAUUGCGACGUUAAAAAUAAGCUCAUGGAUCCAUGCGAAUGGUUUUCGCGAAGAUUUAUGGGCUGUUCAGUCGCUGACAGCAAACGUUUGGGACAAUUAUGUUGAUGGUGAAUUCGGAAAAUUGAUUUUACAACGAAGCUCGAAGCUUAGAGUGGAUGAAAGAUUAUUUCAUGAAGAAAACCCGGGAAAGAAUUUUCAUUUCUCUUCCAUCAAGCAAUUUUCUGCGAGCAACAAAAAAAAAUGUUAUCCUUGUUGUAGUCCCGAAAAAGUCUCGGGAGUUAAAGAAGUAUACAUUAAAUCCCUGACAGAAACACUGCUCCAGGAACCGCUAGACAAUAGAUUGUAG